UCUUGUGGGGUGGGUAAUGAGUUCUGCUAUUUGACAUCUGUUUCCCAGGAGACUCUGGGAAAUGCAGGGGCAGAGUCCCCAACAGCAGCUGAGGGAUGCGGAGGUACAUACCUGCUUGUGGAGUUUUUGUCCCGAGGCAAGCUGUGUGCUCAGACUUGACCAUGUUUGGGCAUGGAGGCUCGACCCAGAUGGGACUGAAGACUGCUUCCCUGGAGACCAACUGGGAGACCAAACUUCCUGCUAGAGCUCUCAGGCCUGAGUUGGGGUGGGGGCAGGGGGCGGGCAGAGAGAAACCAUCUGCCAACGGAGACCCAGGGAACUAAAUGAUUGCUGCCCCCAGCGGCCAUGGGGAAGAAGCUGGUGAUGGCCCAGAAGCGUGGAGAGACCCGAGCCCUCUGUCUGGGGGUGGCACUGGUAGUGUGUGCUGCCAUCACCUACUAUGUCCUAGGUACCACUCUACUCCCCCUCUACCAGAAAAGUGUGUGGACCCAGGAAUCUAUUUGUCACUUGAUUGAAACCAACAUCAAGGACCAUGAAGAGCUGGAGGGCAAGAAGGUACCCCAGUACCCAUGCCUUUGGGUCAAUGUAUCAACUGUGGACAGAUGGGCCAUGUUGUAUCACACAGAGGACACUCGGGACAAAAACCAGCAGUGCUCCUAUAUUCCCAGGAACCUGGACAACUACUGGAUGGCCCUGGCUGACGUGGAGAAGGUCAAAUCUAAUUUCCACAUGCACCGUGCUUUCUACUGCUUUUCUGCACCUCAAGUCAAUGAGACCAGCGUUGUGUAUCGGCGCCUCUAUGGACCCCAAGUCCUCCUCUUCUCCUUCUUCUGGCCCACCUUCCUGCUGACUGGUGGUCUCCUCAUUAUUGCCAUGGUGAAGCUCAACAGGUCCCUAUCCAUCUUGGCAGCUCAGAAGUAGACCAAUCCCCUCUGCACCACAGCGGGGGAGCCACCAGGGACAGCAGGGGAGUCACCAGGGACAGCAGAGAAGUCACCAGGGAC